GUUCCCUGAGUUUUGCGCAAGACGCGCGAAGGGGGCGCGCGUCAGUUCCGCGCGUUGCUGUCUGGCAACCAUGGCUGCCCCGAGAGAGAAUGUCAAUUUGUUAUUCAAGUUAUACUGCUUGACAGUGAUGACCCUGGUGGCUGCAGCUUAUACCAUAGCUUUAAGAUACACAAGGACAUCAGACAAAGAACUCUACUUUUCAACCACAGCUGUGUGUAUUACAGAAGUUAUAAAGUUAUUGCUAAGUGUGGGAAUUUUAGCCAAAGAAACUGGUAGUCUGAGUAGAUUCAAGACAUCUUUAAGAGAAAAUGUGUUGGGCAGCCCCAAGGAACUGAUGAAGUUAAGUGUGCCAUCGUUAGUAUAUGCUGUUCAGAACAACAUGGCUUUCCUAGCUCUUAGCAAUCUGGAUGCUGCAGUGUAUCAGGUGACCUACCAGUUGAAGAUACCCUGUACUGCUUUAUGCACUGUUUUAAUGUUAAACCGGACACUCAGCAAACUACAGUGGGCUUCAGUUUUUAUGUUAUGUGGAGGAGUCACACUUGUACAAUGGAAACCAGCCCAAGCUACAAAAGUUGUGGUGGAACAGAAUCCAUUAUUGGGGUUUGGCGCCAUAGCAAUUGCUGUAUUAUGCUCAGGAUUUGCAGGAGUGUAUUUUGAAAAAGUUUUAAAAAGUUCAGACACUUCCCUUUGGGUGAGAAAUAUUCAAAUGUAUCUAUCAGGGAUUGUUGUAACAUUAGUUGGCGUCUACUUGUCAGAUGGAGAUGAAAUUAAAGAAAAAGGAUUUUUCUAUGGUUACACAUAUUACGUCUGGUUCGUUAUCUUUCUUGCAAGUGUUGGAGGCCUUUAUACUUCAGUUGUAGUCAAGUACACAGACAACAUCAUGAAAGGUUUUUCUGCUGCAGCAGCCAUUGUCCUUUCCACCAUUGCUUCAGUGAUGCUAUUUGGAUUACAGAUAACACUCACUUUUGCUUUGGGUACUCUACUCGUAUGUGUGUCUAUAUAUCUUUAUGGAUUACCCAGACAAGACACCAUGUCCAUCCAAGAAGGAGAAACAGCUUCAAAAGACAGAGUCAGUGGUGUGUGA